AUGCGAGCCAAAUCUGUGAAGCCGUCGGCGUAUCCAGCGCUGCCAUUCCAUUUCAUUCGGGGUCUCAACCUGCUCUCUGCACUCCUCGUCGCUAUCAUUCUGGCCGUCUUUAUCUCCAAUCUGUCCAAGAAUAACUAUAAGCUCCCGUGGGCCUUUUUAGUGCUCCUCAUCUCGUCUGUCCUAUCACUGCUCAACUUUGUCCUCACCACCAUCACCCACUGCUGCUAUGGCCUCUCUCCACUACUUUCCGCCACCACCAACUCUAUCCUCUUCUUCCUAUGGCUCAUAUCCCUCGGCCUCAUCAGCUACAGCAUGUCGCACACCAUCAUGACCACCUGCAACGCCACAUACUGGGGCACCUCGACGGGCAUCAACGUCUGCCGGAUCUACAAGGCCCUGUACGCCUUCACCAUCGUCGGCACGGUCACCCACCUCGCCGGCAUCGCGCUCGACGUCAUCGUCCGCAGACGCCAGACCCGUCUCGGCGCCUAUGACCCUAUGGCCUCUAGCACCGCCCUGAACGACUAUAAGCUGCACAACCGCAACAGUAGCAUUAUGUCCGGCGGCAUGGGUCCCUAUGGCCCCUACAACAACACCCACCACCCCGACGACGACCGCCACCCGGCCUUCCGUCACCAGCACCAGCCCUCCGACGACUUCUACAACAUCCCCGACCCCAUGGUCUCCGGGGCUGCGGGUAACCAGCAGCGCGUUCCGCCGCCCGUGUACGGCGCCAAUUCCUCCCUCGAGCAGUACCAUGCCGGCGACGCGCAGGAUUAUGCGGAGACGGCCCCCGCCCUGAGCCAGCGACGGGCUCCGCGUGUGCGCUUCAGUGCGUAUGACGGAUAUGGUCACCCCCCGGAGCAGACGACGGGAUAUGAUCCUGCUGCUUAUCGGUAG